AUGGAUCACAAGCAGGAUAUUGAAAACCUCGCUAAAUCAUACAACAAGGACUUGUUUUUGCUCCAGACAUUAUACGAAGAAAUUAACUAUGAUUACGAGAAGCUACAAAUGAUGGUUAUUAACGAUGACCCAGCUACAAGCUGGAAAUCCAAUGAAAAAAGCAAGCCACAACAAGGAAAUUCAAAAUACGGAAAUUCUGGCCCAAAAGAAUCUCGUCCAAAGCCAAAGAACAACGGACAGAAGAAUAACACAGAAAAAAAGGAUGGUCAGCCAGAAAAGAAGGAGGAAAAGCCAGAGAACAAAGAAAACAAGAUUGUUACUCAGAAACCAGAAAAAACUGAUUUGAAAAUCGAGAAAAUCAAUUUUGCUACUGGUGCAGUUAAAUCAAAGCAAAAACCGUCAUUCGUAAACGUUCCAUCUGUUGGAUGGGGAGAACUCAAGACAGAUGGCGAAGUUCUUCUUCAAACUACACCACUUCCAGUUCCAGAAAAGAAGCAAGCUCCACCAGCCGAGCCAGAGAAGGUCGAACCAAAGCCAGAGCAGAAGCCAGUAGAAGAGAAGCAGCAGCCAGAAAAGAAGGAGAAACCAGCUCCAAAGGAGAAGAAGUCAAAUUCCAAGCAAAAUCCAGUUUCAGAGCCAGCUCCACAGAAGAGAAAGGAGCAAAAGGAGAACCAGAAGAACGAGCAGAAGGAAAAUACAAAGAAAGAGAACAAGAAGGAGCAACAAAAGCAAAAUGCCGAACAGAAGCAAGAAACAAAGGAAGCUCCAAAGGAGGAAGCCAAGCCAGCUCCUGCCAAGGCCGCCAAACAAGAAAUUGUCCCAGAAAAGGUCGAAUCUCCAAAGGAUAAUACAAAACAACCAGAACCAGCCAAACAGAACAAGCGCACCCUUAACUUCGAUGAAUGGCACCCAUCAAAGCCUUCUACUCCAGCUCAGCCACCUGUUCAAACUCCACAACCAGAAAUCAAGCCACAGACACAGGAAACAAAGCCAGUCCAAGGCAUCGGCUUCGAUUCUGUCCUCUCUCCAAAGGCUCCUGUCCCAGAACCAGCUCCACAGAAGCAUUUCGCCCAAUAUCAGCCACCAAAGCAACAAGAACAAGCUCCAGUACAACAGGAAAAGCCACAAGAAAAGAUCGCCGAGCCAGUUUACAAACACGGAAAGAAUCCGAAGUUGAAUUUCCCAGGACCAAGAUCCAACGGCCCAGAAACAAUUCUCAAGCUCCCAAUCGCUGUCAAGGAAUACACACCAAAGUACAAUCUCUUUGGCACAUUCGCUGGCCCAGUUCAGCACCAGAAGCAACAUAACAAUUUAAUGCUCUCAACAUGCAAUUCUGAGCAGCGCUUCAAGGAAAAUUCUGAGAAGGAGACACAAUCAGAACAGGCCAAGCACGUUGACAGCUUUACAUCCCCACAAACAACUACAUCUGCUCAACCAGCACCACAACCAGCUCCACAGCAGCAACAAAUGAAUCAAUCACAGGCAAUGUACAACGAGUUCAUGAAUUACUGCUUCUGGCGCCAACAACAGCAGAUGUACACUGAUUUCUUCAAAAUGCAGCAGAUGAGACCACCAAUGAUGAACCCAACACAGCCAAUGCAACCACCAAUGCAGCCAAUGCAACCACCAAUGCAGCCAAUGCAACAGCAAAUGCCUAUUAAUGAGCAAAUGUUUAAUGAAUUCAUGAGAAUGAGACAAACAUAUAAUCCUGAAGGACAAAAGUAA